UUUAUUCCAUGUACCUACCAACGUUGUUGUUUCUUUUCUUAAACUCUCCAACGUUUCACUUUACUUUGUCUCACAACCUUUCAUCUCUAACCCUUAUUUUCUCUCAUUUUCCUUCUCACUAAAAUAUGAGCAAGUUGUGGGUUUUUCUCACCCAACUUAAUUCCAUUGCUGGGCCAGUGUUGAUGUUACUAUAUCCUUUGUAUGCUUCUGUUGUAGCUAUUGAGAGCACAUCUAAAGUAGAUGAUGAACAAUGGCUUGCUUAUUGGAUCAUUUAUUCGUUUCUCACUCUUAUGGAAAUGGUUCUUGCGUCCCUCUUAGAGUGGAUACCAAUUUAUUAUACUGCGAAAGUAUUUCUGGUGGCAUGGCUAGUUUUGCCACAAUUCAAAGGUGCUGCUUUUUUGUAUGAAAGAUUUGCACGACAGCACAUAAGAAAAUACAUCACCCCCAAGAAAGUGAGUUUAUAGUUUAUGAUUCUUGAGGCAUGAUGAAGAUGAAGGAAGGAUGGUGAUGAUAUUGCUAAGGAUGAGUUAUGGUUGACGACUGAAUUACUUAGAUACUUAUAAACUAAUUAAUACCAAUUAAUUGGGUUUGUUUUAAUAUUAAUAUGAUGUAUGGCUUUUGCCACAGUUUCAAAUUCUGGCAUUGUUGUUUUACAUGACCAUGUUAAGUAAAGUUAAUUACUCUUUCGUUUUCAUUUGUUGUUGGAUUAAUAAUAAACGGUGCACGGUGCAUUCCGGUAAGAGUCUCGCAUCUUAUUACGGUCUCAACAUGUACUUAUAACUGGAUAAUUCUUAUUCUACAAAUUAGUUUUGCAGGGUUGAGUUAGAUCUAAUUAUAUUUCUUAACAUAGUAUUAAGAGUAUCGUUUAAGAUCCGGGGAACCAUCUGCCAUAAAAUUGUGUCACUAUUGUGUUAAGAUUCGGUGGACAAACUACAAUAAGGUUGCCACUAUUUUGUUAAGAAUUUAAGUGAUUUUGUAGAAUUUAGUUAGGACCAAUUACAUUUCUUAACCCAUUCAAUUCAAUAACGAGAGGAAGUG